AUGAUGAUGAAACUGAGACCGUGGGGCUGCUGCCGUUGCGCGUCGUCGAGGUCAACGAUUGAGAGCAGCCACCAAGUCGUUCUUCGACGCGUCGUUUACGUCGCUUCUUCUUCUACUUUUACUUCUUCUUCGGCCGCCACGAACAACAACUGGAUGAGAGAUUCGAGAACGAAGACGAUUGAGACGACGAUGAUGAUGCGUAAGUCGAGGACAAGGAAUGGAGGAAGAGUUAAAAUGUUCUCGACUUCUGGGUCUUCUUUGUCCUCGCUGAGUGCGAGCAGUGCGGAUGAGAAGAACGACAAGUAUUACAAGCAGAUGAUUCUGUUACAAAAACAACCACAGCAGUCGAGAAGAAAUACCAAGUUGGACGUUCGAGCGUUCGCUUCGGGAUCAAAAGGAGGUGACGGCGACAAAAAGAAAAACAAAGCGACGAAGAAAAAGAAGGUCACGAAAGAACAACGAGAAGAAGAAGGAGAAGAAGACGGCGACAUCGCCUGGGAAGAAGAAGGCGACGAGGAAGAAGAAGUAGAAGCGGAAGAUAUCAACGUCGUUUACGCGGACUACGAUGAGAAAGACGUGCAAGGAGGAAACAUCGAUACUGCGAGUACACCUUGGGGUGAGCUCGCAUUAGAAUGCGUGAAAGUGGUAUUAAGUGAGGAGAAGAAUAUCGAGGAAUUUGAAGGCAACCUUCAACUGUUUGCGUUUAAAGCGAUACCGAGCACGAAGCGCAUCAUGAUUUCUGUGGAUGAUUUGGACGACCAAUAUGGUUCACCGAAUUUGGACGAUUUGAUUGCCGUGUCGAGGAAGCUGAACGAGCUCGCAGAGUCGAAAGGAUUUCCAGACGACGUUGCUAUUGAAGUUGCGUCUCCGGGAGCGGAGCGAAAGUUGACGAUACCGGAAGAUCUAUUGAGGUUUCGCGAGUUGAAAAUGAAAGUGAUUUAUAACGACGAUGAAAACGACAACCCGGAAAACGAGACGAUGAUAUUAAACGUAGAAGAUUUUGAAGAGGAAAGUGGGCUAGUUGUGUUUAGAUUGGCGGACGUGCAAGAGAAUAGACCUCCUAAGAAAGGCAUGCCAAUGUCAAAAAAGAAGAAGGAGUGGAGGAAAAAGGUCAAGUACGUUGACAUUGCUUCUGCGAACUUGUACAUAGACACGGCGAUUUGA